AGCGCGCGUUAACGUUCCAUUAAUAAAUUAUUUAAAAAAAAAAUUUACAGAAAGGAAUCUCAAAUGAGGUGAUAGUUGUUUUCAAAAAAUAAAAACUGUGUGUGCAGUGAAUGUGAUAAUGUGUAUUACAACAUGUGGAUUUUUUAUGUUUUUAAUAUUUAUUUCUACAGAAUUAGUUUCUAAAGCGGAUGGCGAUCUCGCAUCGAUGAUAGAUUUCCGUUACUUUCGAUGUGUUAUGAAGCGAGAGUGGAAAUGUCCAGACAGCGAAAUCAACUUUUUUAUGUAUACUCCAGAACACCCCCAUCAACAUUUCGUGGAUCCUCGACACCCAAAACUCCUUCGUGAUUACGGUUGGAAGAAAACGAGGAAGAACGUUCUAAUCAUCCAUGGCUUUAAUGGCACCUACUCUAAAACACCGAUGACAUUUAUUCGAGAUGCGUACCUGUCUCGCAGAGACUACAAUGUAUUUAUGGUAGACUGGUCGGUGCUCACAAGAUUUCCUUGCUACCUUUCUGCGUUGUCUAACAUGAAAAAGGCAGCACAAUGUACAGCGCAACUUUACUCGGCGAUCACGCAAGCCGGAGCGCUGGCUAAGAUGAUCACAUGUGUGGGACACUCCUUAGGAGCUCAUAUAUGUGGCAUGAUCUCCAACCAUCUCACCGAGAAGCAGUACAAAAUUGUUGGCUUAGAUCCAGGUAGACCUUUAGUAUCAGCAUAUGGGUCUCGUCAGUUCCGCCUAGGCAGAGACGACGCAUACGUGGUUCAUGUUAUACAUACUAAUGCUGGUUUCCUCGGAGAAGACGGGUUGGUGGGCCAUGCUGACUUCUGUGUCAAUGGGGGAAGAUUACAGCCUGGGUGUAAAGGACACGUUAUGCGCAUAGCCCGUUGCAGCCAUUUCAUGAGUUCAUGCUACUUCGCCGCCAGUGUGCGCAAAAAACGACGCCUGGUCGGUAUACCGUGUGACAGCACGUGCCCUAAGGAACGAGGUCAUUGGGGCAUCAAGUUCGAUAGGAAAGCUGUGAUGCUUGGCGAAGAUGUUCCUGACUCAGCACGAGGGAUGUACUGCAUCAGUUUCGACCACAACGAAGAUUGUCCAUUCGAUUGAUUCUGAAGAAUUAUGAGGUCUUCAUUCAUUCAUCUUUCAACAGAUGAUUCAAAGUGAAGGGAAUUUAAUUAGUACACAAUUCCAAAGUAAUACAAUAAGUGGUUAAAGUAUUUAAGAAAGUAAUUUAUUGAUUUGUAAUGUAAGGAAUUAAAAUAAGUUUUUAUACUUU